AUGGGCGCCCCAGGAAUCACCGGUCGCACGCGGCCUACCAAGGUCAAGAAACAAGCUAGCCAGCAGAAGAGGAAACGCGACGAUGUGGACGUGGAGAAACUCGAGCAGGCUGUGACUGAGCUGGACCCUAAAACCGGCACAUACAAUGACUUCAGCGACCUCCCUCUCUCGGACCCCACCAAACAGGGUCUCAAAGCAUGCCAUUUUGCCGUCAUGACCGAUAUCCAACGAAAAGCGGUACCGCUCGCGCUCAAAGGCCACGACAUACUCGGCGCAGCGAAGACUGGUAGCGGCAAGACUCUUUCUUUCAUAAUACCUGUGCUAGAAAACCUAUACCGACUGCAGCACGUUGGUGCAGAUGCUGGACUUGGCGCAUUGAUUCUGUCGCCAACCCGAGAACUGGCAAUACAGAUCUUCGAUGUUCUCUGCAAAAUUGGCAAGCACGGGCACAUGUUUGCCGCAGGAUUGUUGAUUGGAGGAAAGAGCUUGGAAUCUGAGCGGCAGGCUUUGCCGAGGAUGAACAUAUUGGUUGCAACUCCGGGCCGUAUGCUGCAGCACUUGUCGCAGACCGCGGCAUUCCUUGUGGACGACUUGAAGAUGCUGGUGUUGGAUGAAGCAGACAGAAUUCUUGACAUGGGCUUUCAGCGGGACGUUGAUGCGAUCAUUGACUACCUGCCGAAGGAACGACAGACACUGCUCUUUUCCGCAACACAAUCCAAAAAGGUUUCAGACCUCGCACGUCUGAGUUUACAGGACCCAGAGUACGUCUCAGUACACGCGGAAGACAAGAGUGCGACGCCAAAGAGUCUACAGCAGAACUACAUAAUAUGUCCACUCGAGGAGAAGCUAGACACGCUCUGGAGCUUCAUACAAGCAAGCAAGAAGUCAAAGAUUUUGGUCUUCUUCUCCUCCGCCAAAGCCGUCCGCUUUGUGUACGAGUCUUUCCGUCACAUGCAACCUGGUAUACCAUUGUUGCAUAUCCAUGGCCGACAAAAGCAGGGUGCUCGACUAGACACAACCGCCAAGUUUUCGUCGGCAAAGAACUCUUGUCUAUUCGCGACCGAUGUUGCUGCCCGAGGUCUAGAUUUUCCGGCUGUUGACUUCGUGAUACAAGUGGACUGCCCGGAUGACGUCGAUACAUACAUCCAUCGUGUCGGUCGCACAGCGCGAUACAACCGAGAAGGACGAGGUGUCCUGUUUCUUGCGCCAAGUGAAGAAGAAGGUAUGCUUAAGCGCUUGGAGGCCAAGAAGGUUCCAGUCGAGGCCAUCAAUGUGCGUCAGAAGAAGAGGCAGUCCAUCAAGGAGCAACUCCAGAACAUGUGCUUCCAAGACCCGGCGCUCAAAUAUCUAGGACAGAAAGCCUUCAUGACAUACGUCAAGUCUGUCUACCUGCAGAAAGACAAGGAAGUCUUCCAGCUAAAGGAAUACGACCUCGAAGCAUUUGCCGCAAGUCUAGGACUGCCAGGUACACCCAGGAUCAAAUUCUUGAAGGAUGACAACAGCAAGCAGAAGAAGCAAGCAUCGCGACAAACGAUUGAGGUAUCUGACUCAGACGAAGAAGAGGCCCCGAAGGCAGAGAAGCCUGUGCGAACAAAGUACGACAGAAUGUUCGAGAGGAAGAACCAGGACGUUUUAGCAGAACAUUACAAGAAGCUAGUCCGAGAUGGAGACGAAGAAAUAUCUGCACCAGCAAACGACUUCAGCGGCGAAGCCACCACCAACGGUGCCGACGACGACUUCCUCGCAAUCAAACGACGCAUACCCGCCGAUGACGAAGACGAAGACUUUGGCGGCGAAGCCUCAGUUGCACCAGGCGGCCGUGUCGUGCACCUCGCCGGCGCUUCGCAACCUCUCAUCAUCGACUCCAACCGCCGCGAGAAGCUCUUGCAGUCGAAGAAGAAGCUCACGAAGCUCAUGGACAGGGGCAAGAAGCUCGUCUACGACGAUGACGGUAACCCCCAUGAAGUUUACGAACUCGAGACCGAAGCAGACUUCAAGGCCAAGGGUCUGCCAGAACACCAGCGACAGAAGUUCAUCGAGGCAGCACGGGAAGUCGUGCAGACAGCCGAUGUCGAAGACAAGGCCACGGCCCGAGCGAAGAGGAAGGAGAAACUCCGAAAACGCAAGGAGCGCGAACGGGGUGAGGCGGAGGACGAUGGUGAUGAGGCCGUGGAACUGGAAGAUACAGGCGAGAACCCGUUAGCGAACUUCCUCGCGGAUGCACAGUAUACAGAUGACGAGCAGGAGGAGGUUGAGCAGCCGAAGAAGAAGGAGAAGAAGUGGUUCCAGUCGGAUUCGGAAGACGAGGAGAAGAGUAGCAAGAAGAAGAGGAAGAAGGCGAAGCAGCAGGUUGUUGAGGAGCCCGAGACGCUGGAGGAUAUGGAGGCGCUUGCUGCUGGUUUGUUGGGCUAG